AUGGCACACGAGACUAUACCUUUGACUGCUCGGGAGGCUGCCUCUGGUCUCCUAGGCUCAGUCUCCAUGACCUGCUGGAUUUUCCUUCUGGUCCCCCAACUGAUUGAGAAUUACCGCAAUGGAAACGCCGAAGCUAUCUCCCUUCUUUUCGUCUUCGUUUGGUUUGUCGGUGACAUCGCAAACCUAGCCGGCGGCCUUAUGGCCGGGCUCGUCCCCGUCAUUGUCGCGAUUGCCGUAUACUUCUGCAUCGCAGAUGGCGUGUUGAUCGCGCAAUGCCUAUACUACAAAGCUCGUACGCGCGAGCCUGCCCACCGUCGACGCUCGUCCACAGAGACCCCUGAUCCGACGACUCCGCUGCUGGGUCGGCGCUUCAGUGAUUCCUUGCCUGGGUCGCGACGCCGGUCGUCGGGCUCGCAGCGUGGGUACCAGGGUCGGCGCGAGAGCCAGGUCGAGGACACCCUUGCUAAGAUCGUCGAGGAGAAUGACUUUGGUCGUAAGGCCUGGUUCAAGAACUUUGCUAGCGUCAUUGGUAUCUUCGUAGUUGGAAUGGCCGGCUGGACGAUGGCUUGGCAGACUGGGAUGUGGGAGCCAGCGCCAAUUGAGAACAACAGCCCCUCCGACGAGGCUACCGGAGGCUUAGUGCUGGGUUAUUUCAGUGCAUUAUGUUAUCUGGGAGCGAGAUUGCCUCAGAUCUAUAAGAACUACAGCGAGAAGUCCUGUGAAGGACUGUCGCUUCUGUUUUUCAUCCUUUCUCUCCUGGGAAAUUUGACCUAUGGCGCAGGCAUUCUUUGCCACUCCACAGAUAAGGAGUACUUCCUCACCAACCUCCCAUGGUUGAUUGGCUCCCUAGGAACUAUGUUCGAAGAUGUGAUCAUCUUCAUUCAAUUCCGGAUCUAUGCCGCCCAAGAGCCUCAACCGUCAGCAGUCCUCUAA